AUGGGAAUUCUUUCAAUGGUCGAGGACAGGCCGACGCCUAAGGAGGUCUACAACUGGAGAAUCUAUCUCCUGGCGGCGGUCGCCUCGUUCACAUCAUGCAUGAUUGGAUACGACAGUGCCUUCAUUGGAACAACGCUGUCGCUGCAGUCCUUCAAGGACGAAUUCGACUGGGCUUCCAUGUCCACGGCCACCCAGAACCUGGUCAGUGCCAACAUCGUCUCCUGCUACCAAGCCGGGGCCUUCUUCGGAGCAUUUUUUGCGUACCCGAUCGGGCAUUUCUGGGGUAGGAAGUGGGGCCUGCUCGCUUCCGCGCUGGUCUUCAUUCUCGGGGCGGGCUUGAUGCUGGGUGUCAACGGCGACCGAGGUCUGGGCCUUCUCUACGCCGGCCGUGUCCUGGCUGGAAUUGGCGUAGGCGCUGGGUCUAACAUCACGCCCAUCUACAUCUCCGAACUGGCCCCGCCUGCCAUCCGCGGCCGGUUGGUUGGUGUCUAUGAGCUGGGGUGGCAAAUCGGUGGCCUGGUUGGCUUCUGGAUCAACUAUGGUGUCAGUGAGACGCUGGCUCCCAGCCACAAGCAAUGGAUCAUCCCCUUUGCCGUGCAGCUGAUUCCUGCGGGUCUGCUACUCAUCGGUAUCGUCUUCGUUCGGGAGUCUCCGCGCUGGCUGUUCCUCCGCGGGAGACGCGAGGAGGCCAUCAAGAACCUCUGCUGGAUCCGCCAGAUCCCCGAGGACCACAUCUACAUGAUGGAAGAGAUCGGUGCCAUCGACCAGUCCAUUGAAGCCCAGCGGAACACGAUCGGACUGGGCUUCUGGAAGCCCUUCAAGGCCGUCCGGACCAACAAGAAGAUCCUGUACAGGCUGUUCCUCGGCAGCAUGCUCUUCUUCUGGCAGAACGGCUCGGGCAUCAACGCCAUUAACUACUACUCUCCUACCGUGUUCAAAUCGAUCGGCCUGAAGGGCACCAACUCGAGUCUUUUGACCACGGGCAUUUUCGGGGUGGUCAAGACCGUAGUGACUUUCGUCUGGCUCCUCUGGCUGAUCGACCGCGUGGGAAGACGCAACCUCCUGCUGAUCGGUGCCAUUGGCGGUUCCGUGUGUAUGUGGAUCAUUGGCGCGUACAUCAAGAUCGCGGAUCCCGUGAACAACAACACUCAGUCGCUAAACGGCGGCGGCAUCGCUGCCAUCUUCUUCUUCUACCUGUGGACGGCGUUCUACACCCCCACCUGGAACGGUACUCCGUGGGUGAUCAACUCGGAAAUGUUUGACCCCAAUGUGCGGUCGCUGGCUCAAGCCUGUGCUGCCGGAUCCAACUGGCUCUGGAACUUCCUCAUCUCGCGGUUCACCCCGCAGAUGUUUGAGAAGAUGGAUUAUGGCGUGUACUUCUUCUUCGCGUCCUUGAUGAUCCUUUCGUUCAUCUUUGUGUUCUUCUUGAUUCCCGAGACGAAGGGUGUUCCGUUGGAGAACAUGGAUCCCCUGUUCGAGGUCAAGCCUGUGUGGAAGGCGCACGGCGUCGUUCUGGCGCAGAUGCGCGAGGACGAAGAGCGGUUCCGCCGCGACCUGGAGGAGUCCGGCUUCACCAAGUCCGAGGUGCACCAGGUGGAAGACAUGGCGACCAAGGUCUAA